AUGCGACGACUGAACUUAAACACAGGUGUUGUUACAAGGGAAUUGCCGUCUUCGUCCCCCACCUCCCCCAUUGCCACCGCCGCUGCUGAUUCAACCAAUGGGAGUGCAGAGCUCCCGUUGAAAGCAAUUCUUGCCUCUCAGACCGCGUCGUCACAACUACGGAUGGAUUACAAGGUCAUUGAUCGGGUCGGUGACUGCCGAUUCGUUCAUGGACUUCAAUACUCGGAGAAGACCUCUAUUAGUGAGGGCAUUCACCUGCCUACCAGUGUCAAGGUGCGAUUGAAAACUGUUCGUGGACAGAACAUGGCAGACUACGAGAGGGGUCGGGAGCUCUCACGCGAGGCGACUGUGCUGGCUCGACUUUCCCAUCCGAACAUCAUUCACGUCUAUCACCUCGUUAAGCACGCUGAUCUUCGAAUUCUGGUAACAGAGUGGAUUGAUGGUCUAUCCUUGGAGAACUUAAUCCGCCUCUUCUUCCAUCGCUGUCUGCCUGAGAGUAUCGCUCGUUUCUACUGCCGACAAAUGGUGUCCGCGAUCAUUGCAAUGCAACGAAGACACAUUCUCUUGAGAGAAAUCUCCAUAAAGAGUCUCGUGAUCACUCAGGAUUUUCGAUGCAUCAAAUUUACCGACUUUUCUUCGGCUUUGUGCCUGCCACUGCGGAAGGACGUGACUAGCGUUGCCUGCAGUCCAGAGUUCACGGCGCCGGAGCUAAUUCAAGAGAAUCUCGAACUAGUUGGACCGGAGGCAGUUUCUUGGGCAUUCACAUCAGGCUAUCCAGGGGACGCUAUGAGACUUUCCAUUCCACCACGAUGCGCACAUCCUAGACGAAGGUAUGUUGCGCAAUUGAAAGAACACAAAGUUUGUUACGUACCUGUGGGACGUCUUCCUGCAAUGCUGUGA